AUGGCAUAUGCUUCAGGCUACUCCGCGGACAUUGACACGAUUCGGGAGCAGGAAUACCCACCGUUGAAUGAAACCGUCUACUUAGACCAUGCGGGUACAACGUUAUACGCAAAGUCCAUGAUCGAGGCUUUCUCGCGGGACAUGACAUCGAAUCUUUUUGGAAAUCCCCACUCCAUGUCUUUGUCCUCACAGCUCUCCACCCAGCGUACAGAUGACAUUCGACUCCGAGUUUUACGAUUCUUCAAUGCAGACCCAGAAGAAUUUGACCUGGUCUUUGUUGCCAAUGCAACUGCUGCUAUCAAACUUGUUGCAGACUCAAUUCGAGACUCAGAUCACCGAGGUUUCUGGUAUGGGUACCAUGUUGAUGCUCACACCAGCUUAGUUGGGGUUCGAGAAGUCGCAGAUUUGGGCCACCAAUGCUUUCAAAGCGAUGUGAAAGUUGAUGAAUGGAUUGCCGAGCUAGCCAAAAACCAAACAAAGGCGCCUCACCUUUUUGCCUACCCAGCACAGUCCAAUAUGAAUGGCCGUCGUCUGCCUCUGAAAUGGAGCGAGCAGAUUCGAUCAGCAGCUGAUGAAUCUGGAGGCAACGUGUUUACAUUGCUUGAUGCAGCUUCCCUAGUAUCCACAGCCCCGCUAGAUCUAAGCUCUGCAAAACCGGAUUUUACGGCCCUGAGUUUCUACAAGAUCUUUGGAUUUCCUGAUUUGGGCGCCUUGAUUAUUCGCAAAAGUGCUAGUCGUGUUUUUGAAGGACGAAAAUAUUUUGGCGGUGGAACUGUGGACAUGGUCGUGGCGGCAGGGGCACAAUGGCAUGCUAAGAAAGAAGUCUCCCUUCAUGAACGUCUUGAAGAUGGCACCCUUCCCUUUCAUAAUAUUAUUGCCUUGGAUGCCGCCAUAAACACCCAUGAACGUUUAUAUGGUUCGAUGAAAAAUAUCUCCUCACAUACAGCAUUCCUAGCCAAACGUCUCUACGACCGCCUUUCUGUGUUAUCUCACUGGAAUGAGACCCACGUCUGUCAAAUUUACCAGUCUACCUCGGCCACAUAUGAUUGUCCACGGACGCAAGGCCCUAUUGUGGCAUUUAAUUUACGAAACAGCAAGGGCGAGUGGAUCCCCAAAACUGAAGUUGAGAAAUUGGCAACGGUGCAGAAUAUUCAAAUACGAACUGGAUCGGUUUGCAAUCCGGGAGGCACGGCUUCGUCUCUUGGGUGGACGGGAACAGAACUACGUCGACACUAUUCAACAGGCCUACGAUGUGGUGAUGACCAUGAUAUUCUAGGUGGUCGACCAACUGGUAUUCUGCGAGUCAGCAUCGGUGCUAUGACCAGCAUGAAAGAUAUCGACUCGUUCAUUGAUUUCAUUGCAGAAUUCUAUGUGGAAAACAUCCCUCCCAUUGUCUCUGUUGAUUCAACUCCAGAGAGUGACUCUGUUGGUCGCCAUCUUUAUAUUGAGAGUCUUUCAGUUUUCCCCAUUAAGAGCUGUGGAGCUUUCAGGAUCCCGGAGGAUAAACGAUGGGAAGUUAAGAGGGAAGGCUUAGCAUGGGAUAGAGAGUGGUGUCUCAUUCAUCAAGGAACCGGCGCAGCCUUGAAUCAGAAAAGAUAUCCCAGCAUGGCACUGAUACGACCGUUCAUUGAUCUCGAGCGUGGAGUUCUCCGCAUCUCAUGUGGCGUCAUGAGCGACUCAGUGAGCCUCGAGAUAUCUCUUGGGUGGGAGGAAACGACAUUCAUUUCCACAUCACUGUGUCCAAAUACUACGAAGCGCACCAUGGUGUGUGGCGACCAACUUUCCCUGCAUGCAUAUGCAUCACCAGUGGUUUCAGCAUUUUUCUCCGACUUCCUUGGUGUUCCCUGUACACUUGCUCGAUUUCCUGCACAGACUGUUAACCGAUUCUCCCGACCCCCUCGCCUAUCCAAUAAAUGGAAGAGCAAAUUUCGCAAAUUGAUUAUGCCGGGUUCUUUCCCGCUUGAUCUUCCCCCGCCAGCUCGAGAACAAGGUCGAAACCCUCUCCUUCUUUCGAAUGAAAUGCCUAUUCUAGUUGUUUCGCGCUCGUCUGUCAACCACUUGAAUGAACUUAUCAAAGCAAAGGGUACGCAAGGCUCACGUGCUAGCAAGGCUGUUGCUGCCGACGUGUUCCGUGGUAACAUCGUUGUUGCUGAGCGACUUGUCCAACUAGGCGAUGCGGAACAGCCUUAUAUCGAGGAUCAUUGGUCUUCUCUGCGCAUUGGUCCGGAUCAGCUCCGUGUAGAUGUGUUGCAUCCAUGUCAGCGAUGCCAGAUGGUCUGUAUAGAUCAAGUUACUGGUCGGAGGCGAGAAGAGCCUUUCUCAACCCUUGCAAAGACCAGAAAUAUGGAUGGGAAGGUGAACUUCGGCAGAUAUGCAGCCCUUUCCAGGGAGGAUGCAGACGCUCUUGAAACGGAUUCUCCAGAUCGCCGGACGGUCAUGGUGGGAGAUGUGGUCGUGCCAAGCUUCCUCGAGGAGUAG